CAGAGUUGGGUCUCGCGCUCCUGCAGCAUCCACACCCACCUCCUCAGAGCGCGCUGGCACCGGUCUCCCUGAACCCUCCUGUACUGCAACCGCCAUGGAGCUGGACUUUGGCCAUUUUGAUGAGCGAGACAAGGCGUCCCGUACACCACGGGGCUCCCGCAUGAAUGGGCUGCCCAGUCCCACCCACAGCGCCCACUGUAGCUUCUACCGCACACGCACGCUGCAGGCGCUCACCAAUGAGAAGAAGGCCAAGAAAGUACGCUUCUACCGCAAUGGUGAUCGCUACUUCAAGGGCAUCGUGUACGCUGUGGCCGCCGACCGCUUCCGCACCUUUGAUGCGCUACUGGCCGACCUGACGCGCUCGCUGUCUGACCACAUCAACUUGCCGCAGGGUGUGCGCUUCAUCUUCACCAUCGAUGGGUCCCGCAAGAUCACCACCCUGGAUGAGCUGGAGGAGGGCGAGAGUUAUGUCUGUGCAUCGGAGAACUACUACAAGAAGGUGGACUACACCAAAAAUGUCAACCCCAACUGGUCGGUAAAUGUCAAAGCCUCCGCAAGCCAGAAGAACCUGCAGUCGCUCGCUGGUGUCAAGACUACAAGCGAGUCCAAAGAGAGCAAGGAUUUUGUUCGUCCCAAGCUGGUGACCGUGAUGCGCAGCGGUGUGAAGCCCCGCAAGGCCGUGCGGGUGCUGCUUAACAAGAAGACGGCGCACUCCUUCGAGCAGGUGCUGACCGACAUCACUGAGGCCAUCAAGCUGGAGAGUGGUGUGGUGAAGCGCAUCUACACACUGGAUGGCAAGCAGGUUACGUGCCUGCAGGACUUUUUCGGAGAUGAUGACGUCUUCAUCGCUUGUGGACCAGAGAAGUUUCGCUAUGCCCAAGAUGACUUCUCAUUGGAUGAGAAUGAAUGCAGAGUGAUGAAGGGGGCCCCCAAAGGGAGCGCUCAGCGGAACUCCGCAAAGAGCCCGGGACCAGUCCGCCGCAGCAAGUCACCUGCUGAAUCGACCAACGGAACAGGGUCCAGCAGCCAACUCUCCACCCCUAUCUCCAAGCAGUCCCCCAUUUCCACACCAACCAGCCCUGGCAGCCUUCGCAAGCACAAGGACCUAUACCUACCCCUCUCCCUGGAUGAUGACGACUCCCUGGGGGACUCUAUGUAGAGUCAUUCCUCAGCCAUUGACGCCGAUUCGUCCUGUUUCAACACCACCUGCCAGUCACAGAGGUAUCUUUGGUGCUCACCGUCCCCUUUAGCCCUCCUGGCGUCCUAGCAUCCGUUGGAGCUCCUCCGUCUCAUCCCGUCUCCCAUCAUGGCCCCGUGCGGCACGCUAUGACUACCUGGCCUCAGCGGCGCAUGCCGCUUGACACUUAUUACACUUGACAAUUCACUUUAAAAGCCUUUACCUCCUUUCUUAUCUCCACAUUUUAUUUUGUGCAAAAGGAAGACAAUAUUUGUAUAUGCCAAGCAUAUACUCUGAUGACAGUAAGAUAACCAAACUUACCUGUUUGUUCUACACGUUGAAACACAGACUGCAGAUAAACCAAGGCUAAAAAAUACAUUAAAGCACAUUAGAGAAAAAUUCUACUGUACACUUCAAUAAACGUGCAAAUCAUGAAUUUAAAUAUCUUUAUUUUAAUGUCAGUUAAGAGUGGACAGUUUACAGCUGUAUGAUUCCAGCAGCAAAUGAGUAUUAUUUGUGGGGUGUAGUAGUCUAAAUUAGGCACGAGUUGUUUUAUCAACUCCAGAUGUGCUAAAAGACCAUUAGCCUUAAACAUUAACACUUGCCUUUUCUGGUAUGAGCAUUUGGAAAAUGAAGUUUGGAAAAUCAAUUGUUUACGUGAAGAAUUGGAUCUGCAGUUUGCAGCAAAACUACAUCCUGUACAUUUUAAAAGGAGAAGGAUACCGUACAACCUCACGUUGUCCCCGUUCUGUCGGACGUCGUAUGGUUUCCUUUGCUCUGCGCAACAGCCGCACACCUGCCUGCUUUAUGACUACACCACCUACAGAUGAACUUGGAGCACUGCGAUGUCUGCAGACCGCAUUAUAGAACUUGCCCCCCUUUUAACGUGUAGAACUCAUCAGCUGGUACUUCUUUCAGUUUUUUUCUCUUUCCACAAAUUGUCUCACAUCUGCCCCUGCGUUCUCCUAAUCACCCGAGACAUACAAUAAACAUCUUUUGUUCGCUUCAAGCUUAUUGCCACCAUGCAAAAUGGAGGGUGGGAGUACUUCUCCUCCAGUGGUGCCUUUUUUAGACCGCCGUCUUUUGAUAGAAAUUAACAGGAACACAAGCCCUUCUUUUUUGACGAACACUUUCUAGGUGUUUUUUAUGUCUGGGACUUUGAACUAACUAACGCGUUGCAAGCAGUCACUUUUCUCUUGUGUAGGAGUUUCUAAGAAAACAAUUGCAUUACACAGUUUGCAGUACGCACUUCCUUUGGCGAUUCAACUCGGAAAUCCUCUUCAGCGGUCCUGGCUUUGUUACAGUUGCUUGUUCGGUGCUUUGUCUUGUGUAUGAACCCUAUUAAAAUUAACAGAGCAGAGUACUGUCAUCUUUAACCUGAGCUGAAUCGAAACCUAAUACAGUAUAUGAAUCUAUAUAUUGGUUGCCAUUCGGAUAAAAUGUGGGGAUGUUCAAGACAACUUGCAGACAUAUUUUUUUCCCAUCCGGCUCCGUGCUCGGUUAAUUUGCAUGCGUUCAAACGCUCGUGUCACUGCAAAUCGUUCUCGUGCCAUGUGAAACUGAAUAGCGUUAACAGCUUUAUUACAGUUAAAACGCUACAGGCAGCGUCCGUUCAUUUACACCGUGUCGGUCAGACAUCAUCGCCCGAGAUACAACCGGCUCGAUUUCGCAUUACAGCAAUGUGGGAGAUGUGACCUUGGAUUUUGAAGCAAUGUGAAAAAGGAAGGGACCACAGCGUCUGUUUCAAAAAGCGAAAAGAAAAAAGCAGUUCCUUCAACGCUCGCGUUGUAGUUGCUAUGGCAAUAGACUAAAAGCACCUCUCUACCUAUCCCGACAUGCUCUUCAGCGAAACGUGAGAUGUGUAGGGAUAUGCAGAGCAUUUCACUAGAAAGAAUUUAAAAAAAAAAAAAAAAAGCCGGAUAGAAAGAGCAGACGCAGCAUAAAAAAGCUAGUAUUACUAUUCUAUCCAUGAGCUCAUCACCAUUUAGUUCUCCAUGGCAACACAGGCAUCUGCCUCGAUGGUAAACAUUAAUCUCCAGUAUAAACAGGAUCUGCUGAGGAAUUAAUUGCACUGUCAGGUAACUGCUGCAGCUCCUUUGUUAUUUGGUGGUGCUAAAGGCAAGGAAAGGAAGGUAUUUAAAAAAAAAAA